GAGGACUACCAGCUGACUGCGUCCCUCCUCAUUCCCCAGGGGUGCAUCAUCUUGACUCAUCCUCUGGCCAACUCCAGGAACCGCCGCUUGUUCUGCAGCCUGCCAGGAGUACAAGAGGAACGAUCACCCGCUCCACUCACUAAGAAAACAACCGAGGAGAACCGAUCACCAGCUCCACUCACUAGAGCUCCAACCGAGGAGAACCGAUCACAAGCUCAUCUCACUAGAACGUCAGAUGGGAACUUUACGGCCACUGGCGCUGCUGGUCGCCGCUUUGUUUUACGCAAAUUCGGCUUCAUUGGAGCGAUGGCCUGAACUAGAAGAAGCAAAGGAAUAUCUAACAAAAUACGGCUACUUGAAAAACGGCACCGACCUCCUGGACGCGUCCCACCUCAGGGAUGUAAUCGAGGCUCUGAGAGUGUUCCAGCGGGUGAGCGACGUACCCAUCACCGGGGAGGUGGACCCCGCCACCCUGGACGCGAUGAGGGCGCCCCGCUGUGGCAACGAGGACCCCUUCAACCAGAAGACGCUCAAAUACAGGAUCCUGAGUCGCUGGCGCAAGAAGAGCCUGACGUACCGCCUGUACAACUACACCCCGGACAUGACAAGGGCCGCCGUCCAGAGCGCCAUCAAGGCCGCCUUCAAGUACUGGAGCGACGUGACCCCGUUGACCUUCAGGGAGGUCACCUACACCAGGGCCGACAUUAGGAUACUGUUCCACAGGAACGAGAACUUGUGUGAUAUCCCCUUCGACGGUCGCGGCGGGGUGCUGGCUCACGCUAAAGAACCAGAAUACGGUGUCGUCCAUUUUGACGAGGCCGAGUUCUGGACAGAGGGCAGGUACUACGGCACCAAUCUGCGUAUCGUCGCCGCCCACGAGAUAGGCCACGCCCUCGGCCUAGGCCAUUCCCAGUACAGCCAGGCUGUGAUGGGCGCCCGGUACAACGGCUACCGGACCAACUUCAGACUGCACCACGACGAUGUGAAGGGCAUCCAGUUCCUGUAUGGCUCAAAGCCCCCAAAGGGGUUGGAGACAGCCAAUCAUCUGCCGCUCCCAGGGGACCCAACCGGCGGCCCCGAGCAGGUUCCCGACCCCUGCACAGCCCGACUGGACGCCGUCAUGCUGGGUCCCUGGAAGAAGACGUUUGCCUUCAGCGGUGAGCACGUGUGGACCGUGUCGGACCAGGGCCACAACAAACCCCUGAGGAUACACACGCUGUGGAAGGAACUCCCGGGGAACCUGAGUGCUGUGGUCUACUCCCAGAGGACCAAGAAGGCCUAUUUCCUCAAAGGCAGGACGUUGUGGAAGUACAGUGACUUCGUGCUGGAACGGGGGUACCCCAAACAGAUGACCCAUCUCCCCGCAGACAUAGACGCAGCGUUGUACCUGGAGAGGAACAAGAAGCUGGUCUUCAUCAAGGGUUCCCAGUUCUGGCAGUGGGAUGAGCUGCAAUACACCAACCUGACCUACUACCCCAAGCCCCUCUCCAUGCUCUUUAGCGGGGUGCCCGCCAGCCCGGACGCAGCCCUCACCUGGACCAAUGGGAAGGUGUUCUUCUUCAAGGGCGACGACUACUGGCGGUUGAACGACAGCCUGAGUGUGGACAGAGGCUACCCACAGAGCACAGCCACGCGCUGGAUGCGUUGCUAGGGUUGACCAGCAGGUGGCAGCAAAGGCCGGGACGCUCCUCGAUGCGGUGUCGGCGAAAUGUGCAUGAAAAAAUAAGUCUUUACCAACUUACACUGAAUCGUGCUUCACUGAAUAAGACAUCGUGAGAAAGUAUAUUCUCAGAUGAAAAGCCUGACGUUAUGCUGGGAACUGUCUACCAACAACCAUGCAUAGAACAUUGUACGACCCUGCACAAAAUGCAGAAUAUUUCAUAGUUUCAUACUUUUCUAAAAAGUGUGUAUGUUCAUCUGUGUGUGUGUGUGUGUGUGUGUGUGUGUGUGUGUGUGUGUGUGUGUGUGUGUGUGUGUGUGUGUGUGUGUGUGUGUGUGUGUGUGUGUGUGUGUGUGUGUGUGUGUGUGUGUGUGUGUGUGUCCUUUAACGACCUCAGGGAAGCAUCGGAGUCUUGGGUCGGUCUGUGCAGCAGAUGUUCUGCAAGGGCCUCUAAGCUCCGCCCACUCUAAGCUCCGCCCACUCACUGAGCCCCUAUAUUGGUGCUUCUUCGUGAUCGCUUUUUACUUUUCUACUGUUUUUCAAUGAGUGCCCUCUGGUGUUUUUCUUUUAAUAAAUACCUGAAAAAUAAA